GCCCCUCCCGCCGGCGCGCCCGCUGCCAGCCCCGGGACCUUUUCAUCUCUUCCCUUUUGGCCGGAGGAGCCGAGUUCAGAUUCGCCACUCCGCACCCGAAACUGACAUACUGAACUCCGUUUCCUCCUGCUAAAUUUAUUUCUGCCUAAUAGCCACUCGUCUCUUUUUUCCGCCCCCCCUCCCCUCCAUCUCGUCGCUCCAAGAAAACUUUUGCCGACUCCCUCAAGUGCAGGUUCCCCCUGCCCGUCGUGUAUUAAUAUUUCCACUUGGGGAACGACGUUGCCUUUUCUUUUGAAAGGAAUUCAAGCAAGAUACCUUUUUCUCUCGGACAUUGACUCUCGAUUGUUUGCAAAAGUUUCGCAUUCAAAAAAAAUCUACCUGAUCUGUACUUUGAGAGUUGCUAGGUUUUUUUUUUUUCCUUACUUUUUUACUUAAAAGAAAAAAAAAUUUUUUUUCCACCUUUAAAAAAAUGCACUACUGUGUGCUGAGCGCGUUUCUGCUCCUGCAUCUGGUCACGGUCGCGCUCAGCCUGUCUACCUGCAGCACGCUCGACAUGGACCAGUUCAUGCGCAAGAGGAUCGAGGCGAUCCGCGGGCAGAUCCUGAGCAAGCUGAAGCUCACCAGCCCCCCAGAAGACUACCCCGAACCCGAGGAGGUCCCCCCGGAGGUGAUCUCCAUCUACAACAGCACCAGGGACUUGCUCCAGGAGAAGGCGAGCCGGAGGGCGGCCGCCUGCGAGCGCGAGCGGAGCGACGAGGAAUACUACGCCAAGGAGGUUUACAAAAUAGACAUGCCGCCCUUCUUACCCUCGGAAACUGUCUGCCCAGUUGUUACAACACCCUCUGGCUCAGUGGGCAGCUUGUGCUCCAGACAGUCCCAGGUUUUCUGUGGGUACCUUGAUGCCAUCCCGCCCACUUUCUACAGACCGUACUUUAGAAUUGUCCGAUUUGACGUCUCUGCGAUGGAGAAGAAUGCUUCCAAUUUGGUGAAGGCCGAGUUCAGAGUCUUUCGUUUACAGAACCCAAAAGCCAGAGUGCCUGAACAACGGAUCGAGCUGUAUCAG